AUGUGUUUCAACCCGAGGCCACAAGAGAAAAAAGAAGGUUGGGAAGAGGUCAUUGCUAAGUUGGCAAACCAUCAAAUGCAAUAUCAAGAACGCAAUGAUGCCUCUUUGAAAAAUUUGGAACGUCAAGUGGGUCAAAUUGCCAAGCUUAUCUCCGAAAGGCAACAGGGGGCAUUGCCUAGCAACACCGAAACAAAUCCAAGGGAGAAUGUACAAGCUAUUACCACUAGAAGUGGGGUGCAAUUGCCCGAAAUCACAGUGACAUGCCCUAAGGGUCAAACCGACAAGGCACCUAUUAAAGAAGAAAAGAUUAUGCAAGAACCUGAUCCAAAGGAUAAGACACUAAUUGAAGAAGAACCGGAGCCAUCAACAUCAAAGGCUCCAAUACCGGUCAAAGCCUAUGUGUCUCCUAUUCCCUUCCCACAAAGGCUUCACAAACAGAAAUUGGAUGCUCAAUUUGGAAAAUUUUUGGAGGUAUUCAUGAAGCUACACAUAAACAUUCUGUUUGCCGAUGCAUUAGCUCAAAUGCCAAGUUAUGCCAAAUUUAUGAAGGACAUUCUUUCAAACAAAAGGAAACUCGAAGAACAUGAGACAGAAAUUGGGAUUGGGAGAAACCAAGGCCACCAUUGUAUCAUUACAAUGGCUGAUCAAUCAAUUAAAUAUCCUUGGGGUGUCAUUGAGGAUGUAUUGGUCAAGGUGGACAAAAUAAUAUUUUCAGUUGAUUUCAUAAUUCUUGACAUGGAAGAGGAUCAUGACAUCCCUAUCAUUUUAGGACGAUCGUUUCUUGCCACCAACCGAGUUUUGAUUGAUGUGCAAGAGGGGCAGCUCAUUCUAAGAGUCCAAGAUGAAAAAGUUACAUUCAAUAGCUUGAAGGCCUCAACUAUCAAAGAGGAAGAUCUUGAAGUUGAGCAUAUGGUACACUAUUUGGAGGCUACACCUUCUCGAUCUUAUAAGAGAGCACCAAAUUAUGAGGACUUGGAAAAGAGCUCUUCACCACCACUGCCAUCUCUUCAGCAGGCACCUAUAUUUGAUUUGAAGCCUCUUCCAUCUCAUUUGAGGUAUGCUUAUUUGGGAGAGUCAUCUAUGCUUCCGGUUAUCAUUGCUAAUUCCUUAAAUGAAUUGGACGAAGAGAAGUUACUUCAGGUGUUGAGGGAACACAAGGGAGCUAUUGGUUGGACUAUUGCAGGCAUUAAAGGAAUUAGUCCUUCACUAUGUAUGCACAAAAUCUUUAUGGAGGAUGAUUUCAAACCAUCAGUGGAGUAUCAAAGGCGGUUGAACCCCAACAUGAAAGAAGUGGUAAGAGCUGAGGUGGUAAAGUGGCUUGAUGCAGACAUUAUUUAUCCGAUUUCAGAUAGUGCAUGGGUGAGCCCCGUUCAAGUGGUGCCAAAGAAAGGAGGUGUCAUGGUUGUAGAAAAUGAGGAUAAUGAGCUUAUACGUACUAGACCCAUGACCGGUUGGAGGGUAUGUAUAGAUUACCGCAAGCUUACCAAGGCUAUAAAGAAUGAUCACUUUCCUCUUCCUUUUAUUGAUCAAAUGUUUGAGCGGUUAGCGGGGUAUUCUCAUUAUUAUUUUUUGGAUGGGUAUUCAGGCUAUAAUCAAAUUCCUAUAUCCCCAGAGGAUCAAGAGAAAACUACCUUCACAUGCCCAUAUGGUACAUUUGCAUAUAGAAGGAUGCCCUUUGGCCUUUGCAACGCACCCGCCACUUUCCAAAGGUGUAUGAUGGCUAUAUUCUCCGACAUGGUGGAGAAAUGUAUUGAGGUUUUUAUGGAUGACUUCUCGGUAUUUGGGGCCUCAUUUGACGGAUGUUUGAACAAUUUAGAGAUCGUGUUGAAAAGAUGUGAGGAGACAAAUUUAGUACUUAAUUUGGAAAAAUGUCAUUUCAUGGUCCAAGAAGGCAUAAUUCUCGGCCAUCGGAUUUCACAUAAAAGGAUAGAGGUUGACAAGGCAAAAAUUCAAGUCAUUGAGAAAUUACCUUCACCUCCCUCAGUGAAAGGGAUAAUGAGUUUUUUGGGACAUGUCGAAUUUUAUAGGAGGUUUAUCAAGGAUUUCUUAAAGAUCACAAAGCCACUUUGCUCCUUACUUGAGAAGAACACUCCAUUUGAUUUCUCUCAAGAGUGCCUCCAUGCUUUUAACACUCUUAAAGAGAAACUCAUCACGGUUCCUAUCAUUGUAGCUCUAGAUUGGAAUUUACCAUUUGAGCUUAUGUGCGAUGCAAGCGAUUAUGCCGUUGGAGUAGUUUUGGGGCAAAGGAGAAAUAAAAUCUUGCAUGUUAUUUACUAUGCUAGCCGGACUUUGACUGAUGCUCAACUGAACUAUGCCACUACUGAAAAAGAGAUGCUCGCAAUGGUAUUUGCAUUUGAUAAAUUUCGAUCUUACCUCAUUGGAUCGAAAGUGAUUGUUUACACGGACCACUCAGUCCUCAAGUAUUUGCUAGCAAAGAAAGAUGCCAAGCCUCGAUUAAUUAGAUGGGUCCUUCUUCUACAAGAGUUUGACUUGGAAAUUUACGAUAAAAAGGGACCGAAAAUGUUGUUGCCGAUCACCUGUCUCGACUUAAGCAAACUAAAGAGGUGUUGGAUGGGGAGAUAA